GGGGGGGGGGCGAGAGAGAGCGCGAGCUGGCUCUUCUUCCUUCCCCGUUCCUUUCACCUGUGUUGCGCUCUGGAAGAGACAGAGAAAAAGGAUAAAGGCUGUCCCCACAGCGUUUCAUGGUUACAUACUUACUACAUUCCCAAUCCCUCUUUUCACCUCCCUCCUCCUCCCGAACUAACCUUCUCUGGGCCAGCACAUCCUCUCACAGACUCAGGACAGACCUCACAGCACAAAAGUAAUUCCAAAGUAAAGUUUGAAAUGAAAAGAUAGCAACUUGGUUGAGACGAAGAAUUGGUCUUCUCUGGGGUGGUUAAGCAUUGUAGAGCAGCUAAAAGGGAGGUGUUUUAGAGAUCGUACGCAGUAAAGAAGAAGAGGUGAAAAAAGAAUAGGAAGGAAGGAGGGGAAAAAAAAAAGAAGACAAAAGGGAGGGAAUUAAUAGUGAAGGGGGUGGAGAAAAAGGGUAUAUAGUGAGAUUAGAAAGAGAACGAGGGAGAAAGAAAGAGAUGGUGGGCUCAGGAGCAUCAGAUAGGAGCAAAGAAGCUGUUGGGAUGAUGGCCCUUCAUGAGGCCCUCAGAACCGUCUGUCUCAACUCAGACUGGACUUACUCUGUCUUCUGGACCAUCCGUCCUCGCCCAAGAGUCAGAGGAGGUAAUGGCUGCAAGGUUGGGGACGAUAACGGCAGCUUGAUGCUGAUGUGGGAAGAUGGGUUUUGCCGAGGAAGGGUUUCAGAUUGUCUGGAGGAGAUGGAAGGAGAGGAUCCUGUCAGAAAAGCCUUCAGCAAAAUGUCCAUUCAGUUAUAUAAUUAUGGAGAAGGGCUGAUGGGAAAGGUUGCAUCUGAUAAGUGCCACAAGUGGGUCUUCAAAGAGCCAACAGAAUGUGAACCCAACAUCUCCAACUACUGGCAGAGUUCCUUUGAUGCUCUCCCUCCUGAAUGGACCGACCAGUUUGAAUCAGGCAUUCAGACCAUCGCUGUAAUUCAAGCUGGCCAUGGCCUUCUCCAACUUGGCUCUUGCAAGAUUAUUCCUGAAGACCUCCAUUUUGUGCUGAGAAUGAGGCAUACAUUCGAAUCUCUGGGGUAUCAAUCUGGGUUCUACCUCUCACAGCUCUUCUCUUCAACAAGAAACACUUCAUCUUCAACUUUGCUCCCUUCAAAACCGUCCUCCACCAUGCCGAUUCGAGCGCCUCCUCCUCUUUUCAACUGGAGUCAAAGGCCACUCGUAGCUUCAGCCGCAGCUUCAAUGCUAUCCUCACCCAAUUUUCAACAUACGGCAAGACUUGGAGGGUUCCCACAGACCAAAGACGAGCCCCAUGUGUUUCUGAUGGCUCAUCAUUCGUCAGCUGAUCAACCUGCAAGAAUGGAAGACAUGAUGGGAGAGAAUGAGAAUGACAUAAAAUGGCCAAAUGGACUGUCCUUCUUCAAUGCUCUCACAGGACAAAAUGAUGAUGCUGCCAAGCUCUUGUUCAAUUCAGAGAGCUUAGAAAACAAACCAGAUGAAUCCUCAAACCCUAACGAGUUCUUGAGCUUGGACAGCCACCACCAGACAGAAAGUGGGAGGAAAAUGGACAAGUUCAAGAGGAGCUUCACUCUACCUGCUAGAGUGGCUUCAUCUUCUUCAUCAACCUCCAUGGAUCAUCAUCAUCAUCAGCAACAACAACCGCCUGUGGAGUAUAGGAAUCCCGAAGGAGGUAUGUACUCGGAUGUCAUGGAGACCUUGUUGGAGUAGACGGAAGAAGAAGGAUGAGAAGGUGUUUGUAUGUAGGCACGGUUGAUUACUAGUGUUCCUUUCUUUUUCUUUUUCCGUACCAUGUGUUUUGCCUUCUUCCACAUUGUAAUCCUGUGUUUGUGUUUUGACCUAAUCGGACUUUAGUAAUGAUCAUUCCUUUAAGUUCAGCUUCA